AUGCUGCUGCCCCAAGUCCUAAAAUGUCCGUGGAUUUUAUACACUUUUCUUCUGUCUUGUAAUGGUAGUCUUCAGUCGGGCUUUUCUAAACUUCAGCGUGGGCACAGACUGGACAGGAAAGUAAUCCAAUCCUUCGCAGAACUUAGUUUCCUGGACUGUGUGAAAGAAUGUCUUGUAACACCACGGUGUAAAUCUGUCAACUAUUUCAAGGGGGCUAACUUCUGUGAAAUCAAUUACGAAAAUAAGAUGGCAGCGGAAACUAUGUAUGUGGACAGCGCUGGGUGGGUAUACAGUGAAAAUGAGCACUGGCCUAAGGAUCUGGCUGGAGCUUGUGCAUACUCAAACUGUCAAAUGAACCAGACAUGUAAACACAAGACGUAUUCCAAGGACACAUCCUACGAAUGUGUUUUGUCAGAUUGUGGAAUACCCAAUCGAACAGGAAUUGAUCUCAAUACAACACACCGUGAGGACGCCAUUGGUAUAUACAGAAGGAUACACGCCUCAUGUUCUGCGGGAUACUUCCAGUUUGGUUCAGGACGACUGAUAUGUCAGUCAAACGGAGAAUGGAAAUACGACAUUAUGUGUGACGAAGGUUGGGUUCAGUAUGGGAAUCAUAUCUAUCGCCUUUUCAAUGAGACGAAGAAUUGGGAGAGUGCAAAGAACUACUGUGAAUCAAUAGAUGCAUAUCUGGUAGAGAUUGAAUCGCCAGAAGAAAACACUUGGAUCCAUAAUUCAAUGGUUUAUAAACACUUUUUCCCAAACAUGGAUAUCUCGACUUCUGCACUUGUGGGUGUUUGUCAACAAUUUUAUUGGUUGUGUUCAGUGUGGACAGGUGGAAAAAGGAGCACGGAGUCAGAAUUUAUCUGGAGUAAGAAUGGAAAUAUAAUCACCUUUGCACAAUGGUCACCUGGGGAUCCCAAUGACAUCGAAGGCAACGAGGACUGUAUCGACAUGUUUGCCUUUACUGGGGAGUGGAAUGAUAGAAAGUGUGAUCAUAACACAUUUUUCAUGUGUGAAAAGAACUUAAACAAUAGAAAAUAAGAUAAACAAGACACGUAAAAUGUGCCUAGGAUCCUGUCCUUACUCAUUAAGAGACUUUAAGAUCAUAUAAUUGCAUACUAUAUUAUCAACAGCAAAUUAUAAAUGUCGUUUAUGCUUGUUUAGCGUUGAAACAGCUUUCAAUGUUCUAAAGUUUAUUU